AUGUCGUCCACAUCAAUGCUCAAAGCGUUCCGGCGCAUUAUUCCGAUCUGUUUUCAUCUUUUCAAUACUCUAAUAUUCACGCCAUUCUUAUUUCUGAGACUUGGCUUAAACCUAGUCUUCCUUCUACUUUCUUUCCCAUUCCUGGCUUUCAUCUCCUACGGAACGACCGUCUGGGCAGAGUUGGGGGGUGGUGUUGCUAUUUAUUUACGUGCCCAUAUUCCUUAUACUAUUCUUAGCAGCUCACCGCAACCCCCUCCAAAUGAUGCAGUUGAGCAUUUGUUACUGGAAAUCUCCUUUUCGCAUUCUAAAUUACUCCUUGGUGUGUUUUAUAGUCCCUCUUCGAAUGUAGACUAUUUUUCCGCCCUUGGUCUGCUUUUAGAUAAUUUUGUUAAUAACUAUAAUCAUACCAUUUUAAUGGGUGAUCUAAACACUUGCUUGUUGAAAAAUGACCAUCGCUCGCGCAAAUUAACAUCUACCAUCGAAUCUUAUAAUUUAAAUAUCUUACCUUUGAAUGCCACUCAUCACUUUCCAGAUUCCUCCCCUUCGCUGCUGGAUCUCAUUUUCGUUUCUAACCCUAUCCUGGUGCAUAAGCAUGGCCAAAUCCCUGCUGAUGCCUUUUCUUACCAUGAUCUUAUCUUCCUUUCCUAUAAAUUGCGUCCACCUAAAGUAAAACCUCAAAUUCUUAUGCUACGACGCAAUUUUAGAGGCAUUGAUGUAGAAAGUUUAUCUGCCGAUGCUGCUGAGUUGGACUGGAACUCGGUGUAUAGUGAGAGAGAUAUUCAUAGGAAAGUUGGGCUUUUUAAUUCAUUGCUAACGCAACUGUAUGAUGUUCAUGCUCCAACAAGGCCAGUAAAAGUGAAACAUUUACCUUCUCCAUGGUUAACUGAUGAAAUCAAAUUAAUCAUAGAAACUAAAAAUCGUGCUAAAGCUAAGCUGAGAUUGUGUGAUUCUCCUUUGGCGCGUGAGAAAUACAAAAAAGUGCGGAAUCGAUGUAAUACUUUGUGCCGCGACGCUCAGCGGCGUCAUAUUCAUAAGUCAGUUGAAGGCGGCGACCCUUUCAAAGUAUGGAAAUUCCUUAAAUCGCUUGGAAUUGGGAAACAACAGAAACAGCCACUUUCUGCUGAUUUGAAUAUUGACCUGCUUAAUCAACAUUUUUCCUGUCAUCCUACUUUUGAUCAAAGUAUUAAAUCUGAAACCAUUGCAUCUCUUGACUUUUAUCCUACUACGAAUAUUCCUUCUUUUUCGUUUCAGUCGAUUGCGGAAGACGAAGUAGGGAGGAGCAUCAUGUCUGUCUCGUCCAAAGCCAUUGGUUAUGAUUGUAUUGGUCGGGAUAUGAUCCUUCCUAUUGUUGACAUAUUAAUUCCGGUACUAGCACACAUUUUCAAUACUUCCGUUUCCUCUGGUGUUUUUCCUAAUAUCUGGAAAUAUGCCAAUGUUAUUCCUACUCCUAAAAUCGCUAACCCAGUUGCCUAUUCUGAUUUCCGACCUAUUUCCAUCCUUCCUUUCCUUUCCAAGGUUCUUGAACGUAUUCUUCAUCAGCAAUUAGCUAUCUUCCUCAACGAACACUCCCUUCUUAAUUCAGUUCAAUCCGGUUUUCGUCCUGGACACAGUACAGCAACUGCACUCACUAAGAUUACAGAUGACAUUAGGGGUGGCAUGGAUAAUAAAAAACUCACAAUACUUACCUUGCUUGACUUUAGUAAUGCCUUUAAUUCGGUAGACAUUGAUGUGCUUCUUGCUUUGCUCUGUUCUUUUAAUAUGUCCCCUACAGUGAUUAAUUUUUUUAAAAGCUAUCUAACCGAACGUCAGCAACGAAUUAAAUUAACCGACAGCUUUUCCUCUUGGUCUCAUGUUUCUGCUGGCGUACCGCAGGGUGGGAUCCUUUCUCCUCUUCUCUUUUCGCUUUUUAUAAAUUCUAUUACUAAUCAACUUUCUUCCAACUCUCAUCUUUAUGCUGAUGACCUUCAAAUUUACAACCAGUCUACCUUCAAUGAUUUGCCGUCUGCAAUUCAGAAGACAAACUUAGACUUAGACAAGGUUGUUCAAUGGAGUAAGUCGUAUGGUCUUAAGAUAAACCCUUACAAGAGCCAGGCCAUUAUCAUCGGGAGUGCAUCAUAUAUAAUGAGAAUAAAUUGGUCAACUUUACCCCAGCUUACUAUAGAUGGUACUGUUGUUCCGUUUUGCUCCACUGUUAGAAACCUGGGCAUUACUUUGGAUACAACCCUGUCUUGGCAGCCCCAAAUUAAUGAACUUAGCAGGAGGAUUUUUCUUCUUCUCACGCACUUAAUAGGUUACGCAAUUUCUUGCCUAUCUCAACUAAAAUUUAUCUUGCUCAUUCUCUUUUACUCUCUAUUCUUGAUUACGCUGAUGUGUGUUAUCCUGAUUUAA